AUGGCAAGCACCUCCGCAUCCCCUCGUCCCAGCAGUUCGUCUCCUCCUGCACCUCCUGGAGCGAAUCUUACAGUGCAACUUCUUUUCCAUGUUGACAUACUCUUGCUGUCUUUCCUUGGGCUCUGCUUCCUCAUCGCCGUACCGCGGAUGUUGGCACGUCUAACCCACAUGUCGGAAUGGACGGACGUGCUCUAUUUGCGCAGCUACAGGGAUGGCUCCUCGGGACGGCGUGGAUCUUCCGAGGAUACUCUUCGCCGUCCUCGCAUCGAUAAGACGAACUCUGAGCUGACCGUCAAUAAGCGCGAAUCUCAGGCGGAGGUCAUCGAGGUGCAGCCCAUGGGCAGCUCGAGGCAGACGCUAUCGCUGCCAGUCCAGACGCCACCAAAGCAUGUGCCGACGUUGUCGACCAUUUUCCCAGGCAUCAGCUGGCUGUUGUCUAUGAGCGUCAGGCUUGGCUAUACGGUGGGCAAGCUGUUGCUGAUGCUCGCAUAUUUGGGUGUCAUGCUUUACGCCGGGAUCUAUAAAUCGAACCCCUUCACGAACCCCACGAGAGCUGGCCUUGUCGCAACGAGUCAGAUACCUCUGGUUUUCGUUGUUGCCACGAAGAACAAUGUCGUCAGCGCCUUGACUGGUUAUGGGUACGAGAAGCUGAACUGGAUCCAUCGCUUCGUCGGACGAUUCAUCGUACUUGCGGUGAAUGUCCACGCGCUUAGCUUCAUGUACGAAUUCGCUACUGCAGGAACUUGGAAAGAGGACACGCAGCACCCGCUCAUACGAUGGGGUUUGCUGGCCCUCGUGUGCAUGGACCUGCUCUUCCUCUUCUCGAUCAGCGUGUUCCGUCAGAUGUUCUACAAUGUGUUUUAUAUUACGCACGUCAUCUCCGCGGUGGUCAUGCUCGCAGCCGUAUGGAAGCACGCUCCAGCGAAUAUCGGCUGGCCAUAUGCAGCGGCUGCUGUCGCCGUCUACGGCCUGGACAGGGGAUUGAGGAUCGUGCGGACACGCGUUGCGGUAGCGCACCUGCAGCCUAUUUCCGAGAUGCGGAUGGUCCGCCUGAGCAUUCCGAAGAUCGGUGCCGGGUGGCGUGCGGGCGACCAUGUCCGUAUCAAGGUGUUAUCGACGGGGAUGGGGCCGUUUGGCUGGGCAGAAUCGCAUCCGUUCACCAUUGCGAGCACGAGCAAGGACUCUGAGGGCGACGGCCUGGUUCUCCUGUGCAAGCAGGCGGGCGACUGGACGGCGAAACUGUACGAUCUCGCCCAGAGUGAUUCAGACGGCAAACCUACCGCGGGUCGGAGAGUCCACGUCCUUGUGGACGGUGGCCCAGGACUCGCGAUGAUUAACGGUUUCUCGGCAGCUAUGAUUGUCGCCGGAGGAAGCGGGAUCUCGUACGGCCUAGGGACUGUCGGCGAGCUGCUGCAGAAGACAGCAGACGGCCACAGCGCGGUGAGAUUUAUUGAGCUCGCCUGGAGCAUCCAGGACCCAGCAUCCCUCGGGCCCUUCCUGCCCGUCCUCACCGCCUUCCUCGUGCGUGCCGAGUCGCUGGGGGUAACCUUGCGCGUCUCCGUCUCCUAUACCCGCGCGCCACGAUCCGACGCCGCCUUCUUCGCCCUGAAGGCGCUUCCGGAGGGCCUUACACUCUUGCCCGGGCGCCCCGGAAUCGCCGGAAUCCUCGAGGGGCUCGUCAAUCGCACGCUAGACCUGCACGACUCCAAGGCCGACAAGGGACUCACGGGCGUGCUGGUCGGGGUGUGUGGUCCUGUCGCGCUGGGCGAGAGUGUCUCGAGGACGGUUCGGACGAUCCCACGGGACAAGUUCAAGGCUGUUGGCGGCAUUGAAAUUCACGAGGAGUCCGUAUAUGGUUAUUUGUCCUGGAGACAGCGCGCUGAUGGUUUGUUGCAGGAGCUUCGGAUGGUAGACAGGUUCAUAGAUUGCCGUGGGGGUGAGUGA